AUUUCUCAGUAAUUUCUCCUUUUAGCCGAGCAACCGGCCCCGUGCUCGAGAAAAUAAGGACACCAGCAGCACGAAAGAGGAAAAAGGAGAGCGGAAAUCCCCAAUCCCCCCACUUCGAUCCACUCGAGCCCUAGCCGGAUCCCCCGGAGCAUCAGACUGAAUCCAUUCGAUUGCCGCAUGGCAGGCUCCGUCUGCAUCUGUUGAUUCCCGGGAUCGUCUCCACCGACGCGCUUGCAGCAGCCAUGGAGCCGCGCAUCGGCAACAGGUUCCGCGUCGGCCGCAAGCUGGGGAGCGGCUCCUUCGGGGAGAUCUACCUCGGUACCAACGUGCAGACCAACGAGGAGGUCGCAAUAAAGCUGGAAAAUGUCAAGACAAAACAUCCUCAAUUGCUUUAUGAGUCAAAAUUAUACAGAAUACUUCAAGGAGGAACUGGAAUUCCAAAUGUUAAGUGGUUUGGUGUUGAGGGUGAUUAUAAUGUUUUGGUUAUGGAUUUACUGGGACCAAGCCUUGAAGAUCUUUUCAGUUUUUGUAACAGGAAGCUGUCCCUCAAAACUGUUUUGAUGCUUGCUGAUCAAAUGAUCAACCGAGUUGAGUUUGUCCAUUCCAAGUCUUUCUUGCAUAGAGACAUCAAGCCAGACAAUUUUCUCAUGGGUCUCGGGAAAAGGGCAAACCAGGUUUACGCUAUAGAUUUUGGACUUGCAAAGAAGUACAGAGAUACAUCAACACACCAGCACAUUCCUUACAGAGAGAACAAGAACUUGACUGGAACAGCAAGAUAUGCAAGUGUGAAUACCCACCUUGGAAUUGAACAAAGCCGGAGGGAUGACAUGGAAUCUCUUGGAUAUGUACUGAUGUACUUCUUGAGAGGAAGCCUUCCAUGGCAGGGUCUCAAAGCUGGGAACAAGAAACAGAAGUACGAAAAGAUCAGCGAAAGGAAAAUUGCUACUUCAACUGAGGCACUUUGUCGUGGAUAUCCUACCGAAUUUGCUUCGUACUUCCAUUACUGCCGCUCACUACGUUUCGAAGAUGCGCCAGACUAUCAAUAUCUGAAGAGAUUGUUCAGAGACCUUUUUAUUCGAGAAGGCUUUCAGUUUGAUUAUGUUUUUGACUGGACAAUUCUGAAGUACCAACAGUCACAGAUGACCAGUGCUCCCCCACGUGCAAUUGUUCCAGCGGUAGGACAAAGCUCUGGGAUGGCUCCUGUGGCAAACAAUAAUAGACAUUCAGGCAAUGAAGAGGGAAGGAGAAGUGGGUGGUCAGACAUGGACCCGACGCGACGGCAGGUUCCACCACCAGCUAUAAAUGCUGGCAGCCUAGCCAAGCAGAAGUCCCCUGUUCGGCAUGAGCAAUCGACAUCGAAAGAUGCUGUGUUCUCCAGUUCGACUUUUUUGGGACGUUCAAGCGGAUCGUCAAGGCGGCCUGCUGUCUCCAGUAGCCGAGAACCAAGCACUGAAGCGGAGCAAACGCGUAGUCGAACUACUGACGCAAGCCCAGGGGCAUUCCAGAGGUCAGGAGCUCCACGUUGGAGCCCCCAGAUGCUUGACUCCUCGGACAGCAGGCGCUCGUCUUCCGGCAGGCGCCACUCAUCUAACCCGAAGAACUACGAGUCCACUAUCAGGGGCAUGCAGGGCCUAAAUUUCGAUGGUGAUGACAGGGUUCACUACUAGCCUCAUCCCUUGGGACAUGACAGGAUGCAUCAUCGGUGCGCUGCCCCCCAUAUGAUGCUCCCAUGUACUACCGGCAGCUGAGAUGGAAGCACUGAGGGGCGGCUGGUUAAUAAGAGGUUUGGGUGAGCUGAGCCUAAGCGCGGUGGGUGAUUGGCUCUUAGAAACUUUGUCAAUGGCUAUGCUUAGCCUCCGUUGUACAGGUUGGCAUUUGUUUAAUUUCACGGAACGGUGGUGUAUUCUCGAGAGAUUUGUGCAGGUUCGCAUUUGAUGUAAUGCGCUGCUUUGGAAUUCAAUGGCCACUUGGGAAAGCCUUGAACAUUUGGGAAGGUUUUUAUGGCGCUUGCUCUGGUUCAGCUAUGGAUUCGAUUCGGCAGCUGCCAUGCCUUUGCCUGGGCUCUGAGAUUUUAAUGCUGCUUGUGACAGAUCUGAAA